AAAAGCUCGAGUCAUGGAAUCUCUGGACAUUGCAACUAUCAUAUACAGGUAGCAAUCGAGACUGCGUAUCUUCAAGUCUAUUAUUUGCAAACUUCCCAUAACAAAAUGCGCGUAUUCGUCACAGGAGCAGCGGGCUUCAUUGGCACAGCCACCGUCAAAGAACUUCUCAACCACGGUCAUCAAGUCCUCGGUCUUGCUCGCAGUGAUGCUUCGGCAGAUGCAGUCGCCAAAGCCGGCGCUAAACCUCAUCGCGGAGAUCUCGAGGACAUUGACAGUCUCAAGAGUGGUGCAAAGGAUGCCGACGCCAUUAUCCACUUGGGCUUUAUCCAUGAUUUCAGCAAUAUGGCUCACUCCACCGCUGUGGACCGCGCAGCUAUACAGGCGAUGGCAGAAGCCAUUGCGGGAAGCGGCAAGCCACUGAUCAUCUCCAGUGGAACCCUUAUGGUAGCAAAGGGCGCUUUAGCCACUGAGGACGCCGACAUUGAGCGCAGCCCUGGUUUCGACCGCUGGAAGUCCGAGGAUCUGAUCAAAUCUUUGUCAAAGGAGAAGAACAUCCGUGGAAUGAGUGUGCGCUUCUCACCCACGGUACAUGGUGCUGGCGACAAAGGAUUUGCGAAGAUCUUCAUUGACAUGGCGCGUAAAAAUGGCCGGGCGAUCUACACUGGGGACGGUUCAGCUCGAUGGCCAGCUGUUCACCGCACAGAUGCCGCUGUUUUGCUCCGCCUUGCUAUGGAGAAAGGCACGUCUGGCGGGAUCUAUCAUGCUGUCGCUGAACAAGGGAUUCCAGUCAAAGAUACCAUGACUUUGAUUGGGAAGCGUCUGGGCCUUCCGGUCGAGGGCAUGUCUCCAGGAGAAGCUGCCGCGGUUCUGGGGUUCUUCGCCCACGCAAUGGCGUUUGAUAACCCUACGUCGAGCGAGAAGACGCAGAGAGAACUUGGAUGGCAGCCUAAACAGAUUGGCCUGCAUGCGGACAUGGAGGCUAAUUACUUCGAGUAGGAUAGGAUGGGGAGGCGGCUUUCAGGCAGUUGUAGGUAGUUCUCUUCUGACCUGGGUCGCGCUUGUCGGUGCUCAAACACAUUGGCCAGAGAACCACUCAGACUCAAGCAGAAUUACAAGGAUAUGCAGAGCAUUUGAUAAUCAAUGAAGACUG